AUGGCAGCCAGAACACUUCGUAUAGGGUUGAUUCCAGGUGACGGUAUUGGAAAAGAGGUUAUUCCAGCUGGUCGCAAGAUUCUAGAAGCUUUGCCCGCAUCUUUGAAGCUCAAAUUCGAAUUUGUCGAUCUCAAAGCUGGUUUUGAAGCCUUUGAGCAGACUGGUGCAGCCUUGCCAGAAAAGACGGUCGAGAUCCUCAAAAACGAAUGCGAUGGCGCUCUAUUUGGGGCUGUCAGCUCGCCCUCGAAAGCUGUAAAAGGCUACUCCUCACCAAUCGUUGCAUUGCGCAAGCGCCUUGACUUGUACGCCAAUGUGCGCCCAGUCAAGAGCGUUAUGACUGCAAAGAAUCCGAUUGAUAUGGUCAUUGUGCGGGAGAAUACUGAGGAUGUAUAUGUGAAGGAGGAAAAGACUUAUGAUACCCCAGAAGGAAAGGUGGCCGAGGCCAUUAAGAGAAUUUCAGAAAAGGCAUCUUUCCGAAUCGCCACAAUGGCAGGAGAAAUCGCUUUAAGAAGGCAGAAGAUUCGGGACAGCGGGGUUCCAAGCAUUCAUAAGUCACCCAUGGUGACAAUUACCCACAAGUCCAAUGUUCUCAGUCAAACGGAUGGAUUGUUUAGAUCAACUGCCAGAGAGGCUUUGGCUGCGCAUAAGUUUGCUUCAUCUGUAGGUGUGGAGGAGCAGAUUGUUGAUUCCAUGGUCUACAAACUCUUUCGUCAACCGGAAACUUACGAUGUCAUCGUUGCGCCAAACUUCUAUGGAGAUAUCCUUUCCGAUGGAGCUGCCGCGCUCGUCGGCUCACUGGGGCUUGUCCCAAGCGCAAACGUAGGAGAGGGAUUCGCUAUUGGGGAGCCAUGUCACGGUAGUGCACCAGAUAUCAUGGGUCAAGAUAUCGCAAACCCUAUUGCUACAUUGAGAAGUGUUGCACUCAUGCUGGAAUUCCUGGACGAGGAAGUUGCGGCUGCAAAGAUCUAUUCUGCCGUUGAUGCUAAUCUGGAAGAAGGUAGACUUCUAAGCCCAGAUCUUGGAGGUACCGCAUCUACAACCCAGGUCGUUGAGGAUAUCCUGAGGCGUCUGUAA